AUGAAGAGAUUUUGCCCUAAAGUUUCUUUUCUUUUGUUUCUUACUCUUAUUAUAAUAAGUUUUGUCUACUCGGAAGCUCAGAGUUGCCGUCCAAGCGGUAGAAUUAGAGGAAAGAAAGCUCCUCCGGGACAAUGUAAUCAAGAGAAUGAUUCUGAUUGUUGUGUACGAGGAAAAAUGUAUACAACUUAUCAAUGUUCUCCAUCUGUCUCAACUUACACCAAAGCAUAUCUCACUCUUAACAGUUUCCAAAAAGGUGGAGAUGGAGGCGGUCCUUCAGAAUGUGACAAGCAGUAUCAUUCCGACGAUACUCCAGUAGUUGCACUUUCUACCGGAUGGUUCAACCAUGAGAGCCGGUGCCUUAAAAAUAUUACAAUAAGUGCUAAUGGGAAAAGUGUGGUGGCCAUGGUUGUUGAUGAGUGUGACUCCACAAAGGGAUGUGAUGCAGAACAUGAUUACCAACCUCCAUGUCCAAACAACAUUGUUGACGCUUCCAAGGCUGUGUGGAAAGCUUUAGGUGUGCCUAAAGAACAAUGGGGUGGCCUUGACAUUACUUGGUCAGAUAGUUGCCGUCCAAGCGGUAGAAUUAGAGGAAAGAAAGCUCCUCCGGGACAAUGUAAUCAAGAGAAUGAUUCUGAUUGUUGUGUACGAGGAAAAAUGUAUACAACUUAUCAAUGUUCUCCAUCUGUCUCAACUUACACCAAAGCAUAUCUCACUCUUAACAGUUUCCAAAAAGGUGGAGAUGGAGGCGGUCCUUCAGAAUGUGACAAGCAGUAUCAUUCCGACGAUACUCCAGUAGUUGCACUUUCUACCGGAUGGUUCAACCAUGAGAGCCGGUGCCUUAAAAAUAUUACAAUAAGUGCUAAUGGGAAAAGUGUGGUGGCCAUGGUUGUUGAUGAGUGUGACUCCACAAAGGGAUGUGAUGCAGAACAUGAUUACCAACCUCCAUGUCCAAACAACAUUGUUGACGCUUCCAAGGCUGUGUGGAAAGCUUUAGGUGUGCCUAAAGAACAAUGGGGUGGCCUUGACAUUACUUGGUCAGAUGCUUGA